AUGGCCACAUACCUAGUUACGUGCGCUACGGGCCAGCAAGGAAGAUCCGUCGUUAAACAUCUCCUUACCGCCGGUGUUAAAGUCCACGCAGUGGUGCGCAACGUUCGCAGUGAACGCGCUCUUCACCUGAAGCGCCAAGGGGUUGUUCUAUUCGAGGGAGAUAACGACAGCUUUGGUGUCUUUAAAGAAGCCGCUUUGGGCUGCAAAGGAAUUUAUCUAAACCUGCAACCGUCACCAACAGACCAGAACUCGCAACAACGCCAGAUCAAAGGCAUUGUGCAUGUAUGCAAGGAGGUUGGAUUAGAGACGAUCGUUGUGUCAACCGCAUAUUUCACCAAUGACCGGAGUAAGUGGGACAACCCGCAGGGCGAGAGGAUUGGAGUACGAGGUUACUACCUCGCCAAAGCAGAGAUGGAAAAGGUGGUUCGCGAGGCUGGUGUAAAGCACUACACAAUCCUGCGUCCUGCGUGGUUCCACGCAAACUACUUACUUCCGUACAGCGUGUGGCAUUUUCCCGGUCUUAGCACGAGCGGCGAGCUUGUGCAUUCCUACGAAAAGGGUGUUAAGAUGCCGCAUAUUGACGAAGAGGAUAUUGCUAAAUUCGGCGUCGCAGCGCUAUUGGACCCUGCCAAAUUCGGUGGGCAGGAGAUCGAGCUUGGAAACGAGAACCUGACCGUCGAAGAUGUGGCUGACAGCCUAAGCAAAGCCGGUGGGUCUGGUCACCACAUCAGUGUCAGGAAGCGCACACGAGAGGAAAUCAACUUGGCAGUAAAUGUUAUUCCCACCCAGCCAUUUCAACUGUGGGCCAACGCUGUCGACAUUACUAUCGAUGGGCAAGCGAUCCAAAAGAAAUACGGCAUUCGCUUGACAACCUUCCAGGAGUAUUUGGCAAAAGAGAAGGUGCGACUGCUGGAGUCACUCCCUUCUCCGACCGAGAGAUAA